GAAAAUUUUUCGGUUAUCGGUUUUUUGUUUAUCAUUCGUGUUUUCGUGUUUUUCGAGGAAUAAUAAUCAAUGCACAUUGCACAAUGCUUUUACUUGUUGUAUUCUUCGAGGCAACGACCUUUGUACUCACAAAUAAGAUAAUAAUUUUGAUAAUGAAUACACACCGAAAUAUAGAAUAUAUAAAGUUAUCGCCGAUGACACUUAUACGUUAUACGCUAAGUUAAUUUACAUCUAUUGAUAAACGAACACAAAAUGUUGCUACUUUCUUUGUACAUUUAUCACUAAAUGACCUUUAGAUGUCAAUUGUUUGACGGUUGAUUAACAUUAGCACAUACGAAUUAAAAAUGUUUCGAACAAAGUACGAUGCAGAUGCUAAAGAGUGGAGUGGUUGUGAUCUUCCCCCGUUGUAUAAUCCAAAAGUAUCACUAGCUCAAGUAUUGCUAGACGCAUUAACAGCUUAUGGACCGAAAAUCGCACAAAUAAACGAUAACAAUGGUGUCCAAAUGACAUUUGAUGAAAUUCGCAUUAAAACCGUUCGAGCCGCUCAAAACCUUCAAAAACGUGGAUAUGAACCAAGACAGGUAUUCGGAUUGAUGGCGAAAAAUUCACAUCAUGUUGCGCCAAUUGUGUUUGCUUCGAUAAGUAUUGGCUGCCCAAUCAACACGCUUGAUUCUUCAUUUGGAAAAACCGAGCUUAUUCAUAUGCUGAAAACGACAAAACCAACUCUAAUGUUCUGCGAUGUUGAGUCCCAUGAUCUUGUGAGAGAAUGUUUAACGGAACUGGGAAAUGAUGCAAAAAUAUUCACAUUCGAUGGCAGCAAAGAUGAAGACGAACCAGUGGAGAAUUUAUUUUCCGAAACUCACAACGAAGACGAUUUUAUACCCACGACAGUCGAUGGUGAGAAUGAAACUGCUAUAAUCGUUUGCUCGUCUGGCACAACUGGAUUGUCGAAAGGAGUUUGUUUGUCUCAUGCAGUGUUGAUUGAUGCCUUAUCUUCGGUUCGUAUUUCCCAGCUGAGUGAUGUGCUGCUAUGCUUUACUUCACUCUACUGGAUAAGUGGCAUCGGGAUAUUGCUGCGAGGAACAAUGUGUGGAAACACUCGAAUUAUAACAAUUGAAGCCUAUUCACCAGAACUGCAGCUUCGAUUAAUCGAAAAAUAUAAAGUGACAACUACGAUUAAUGCACCGCAUCAGAUAGUGCUGAUGUUAAAAAGUGAUGAGCUUGCUAAAGCCGAUUUAUCGAGUUUAAAAUUCUGUUUUGUUGGCGGAAGUAAAGUGCCUUUUCAUGUGAAAACCGAAAUGAGUUCUUUUCUUCCAAAUGGAAACGUGUACAUCGGCUAUGGAAUCAGUGAAAUUGGUGGUCUUGUAGCACUCGAUUUUCCCCAACCUAGCGGCAAAGAUUGCGUUGGUCGAUUAACCGUUGGAAUCCGCGGUAAAAUUAUUGACGAUCAAGGUCAACGGUGUGGAGUCAACGUUGAUGGAGAAAUAUGUAUCAAAGUGAAUUAUCGCAUCCUUGGAUAUUAUGGCAAUCAGAAGGCAACCGAUGACCUAUUUGAUGACGAAGGUUUUCUCAUGACCGGAGACAUUGGCCACUUCGAUGAAGAUGGAUAUUUGUUUAUUGUCGAUCGGAAGAAAGACAUUUUGAAAUAUUGCAAUUUUCAGAUUUCUCCAUCAGAGAUCGAUGCCUAUUUGAUCGAAUCGUCUGGUAUUGAAUCGGCCUGCGUCGUUGGCAUUCCUGAUGACGUUGCUACUGAUCUGCCAGCAGCAGUAGUUGUACGGGCUACCGGAUCGAAUAUUUCAGAGAAAGAAGUUUUCGAUUUGGUUGCAGAUCACUUUGCGGACCAUUGCAAACUACGAGGCGGUGUUUAUUUUGUUGAUUCACUGCCAACAACACCUUCGGGAAAGGUUCUAAGAAGGAAAGUGAAAGAAACUGUAAUUUCCUUAUUCAAAUCAUACAAAGCAUAGUUAUAUUGUAUACAGCUGUCAAAAAUCGAUAUUUUAUUAAUAUGUUAAUAAACAACAUAUUUUAAUAAUUAAUAAAAAUUUUGAAACACCAUAUUUAUUAACGUUAAUAAAUAUAGUGCAUUUUAUUAACAUAUUAAUAAUUAUUAGUAUGGUAAAUUUUCGGUUAUUAAUAUGGUGUAGAUUUUAUUAAAAUGUUAAUAACGAUAUUUUAUUAGAAUUUUAAUAAAAUCGACAAUUUUUUUAUUAGAAUUUUAAUAAAA